CCACAAACGUGAAUGCAGCACUGCAUGCAACCCGGGGAAAUCAAAUGAGCGGCUGCAAAAAAGCAAAAACACAAGAAGACUGAACCACAAUAUUUUUUCUCGGCCAUGAAAAAUCAUGGGCAGCUACAGUGACUCCACGAGUGACCUGGAUGAGGACUUGCCUGUGUUUGACUUCCUCCAGCCGGGUAGAAACCUCUGCCAAGCCACGCAGAGCCGCACAGAGAGCUCAGCUGACCUGGAUGGCCCUGAUGCCAAAGACGCAGCCAUCUCCUCCUUGGCGAAGGGCACCGCAUGCACAGGAGCGGCUGAUGUAAUGAUGAUCAGCAGUGAUUCUGAUGACGAUGCACCGUAUGUCCCCCUGGCACAGAGGCUCAAACAGAGACCAGACAAUGUGAUUAAUGUGAUUAGUGCCUCCUCCGCUGUCACUAAUGAAAAAGAUGCUGAGCAGCGUUCGCCAUCCAAUCUGGUCAGCUCAGGGCUGUCUCACCAGAAUGGGUUUUCAGAGUCCGAGCUGCUUGGCUUCCAUCAGAUGAGAACGGUGGGCUGUGGGGUCUCGGAUGGCCCCGAUGAGGUGGCGGCUCUCCCUCAGCGAUGGCUGCCUCCCGCCAACACCUCUCCUGCCAAACAGAAACCAAGCAAGCGGACGGCGGAGGAGAUCCAAGCCUGCAGGGAGGAGGCUUUGAAGAAGAGGAGAGCCAGGGAGGAACAGCAGCGGGGAAAGGAGAUGCUCAGGCAGGAGCAAGAGAGACAGAAAGCAGAGAGGAAAGCUCUGGCGGAGGCUGCCAAGGCUUUGAGGCCAGAGGAGUGUAUCAAGCACAUGGUGGUGGCUGUGGACCCAGCUCUCUUACAGCUGGAAGGAGGCGGGACUCUGCUGGCGGCGGUGCAGGCUCUGGGCUGUAGCUGCGCCAUCGAGAAACAACCCCUCCCACGCAGUGUCAGCUGGAUGAGGAGGGCUCCCUGCGCACAGACAGAGGAUGGAGUGUGUGUACCAGAGGACCAUGUUGUGAUGCAGAUGACAGUUGAUGACUUCAUCACUCUGAUCCACGGCUACAUUCAGGAGGAGAGGCAUGGCAGGCCUGGCUCCGGCCCGACUCUGACGUCCUGGGUGCAGGAGCAGCAGAGGCGUCACCCCACUAAGAUCCUCAGCCUGGUGGUCAUCGACCUGGAGAAAUAUUUCAGAUCCCAAAAGUCUCAAAGCCAGAAGCGGUUUCGCGAGGCAGUCACGGGUGAGGAGCGCGGAGGAGGAGGACAAGUGAAGAAGAGGAGGAAGAAUGGUGGAGCGAACGUACUACCUGAGGUGUCACGAGUUGAACUAGAGGAGGCCGUGGUGCAUCUCCAGCUCCACAAUGGUGUGACUGUUUGCUUCUUAUCAACCUGGAAGGACUUCUGCGAUCACAUCACCAUGACAACCAAAGCUGUUGCCGAAGCCCCUUUCAAGCGAGAGCGGGAGAAGACGGGCUUCUCGUUCCACCUGGAGAGCGAGUGGGCGGGGGGGCAGCGGGUGGAUAAAGCUGGGAAGGGACUGCUGCAGGUGUGGAAGAGACAGAUCCAGCAGUUUAACAGAGUCAGUCCAGACAUGGCCUCAGCCAUCCUGGCAGCGUAUCCCUCCCCACAGCUGCUCAGGAAGGCUUACGGCCUGUGUAAGAGUGAGCGUGAGAGGAUCUCCCUGCUGUCUGACCUUCUGAUCCGAAGAGGAGAAGGCGUCACCUCAACGACUCGCCGCGUCGGCCCGGAGCUUUCCAAACGCCUCUUCCUGCUGAUGAACUCCUGUGAUCCUGAGCAAACUCUGGACUCCACCGUCUGACCUGUGGAAAGAGAUUUCUCUCAUCUUUACACUCUGACAGUUUCUGUUUGGUAUUGA